GACCGUGCUCACUCCGUGGAAAAGGGCGCUGAGCUCGUGCAAAAGGUGCUCAUGCACCACAUCAGCAUUCCAGCGCUGAAUAAGUGGACGACAGCUUGUUUCGGCAGUUUGCCGCAAGAAGACUCGUCGGAGUCCGAAGAUCCAGGCGUUGCGGUGGGGCAGCCUGUCGAUCAGACGAGAAGGUGGCGCAAGCUUGCCCGCAGGCGGCAGAAGAAGUCAGCCAUCUUCUUGAAGGAUCCGGAGUCUCAGUUUCGCACACUCAGCUGGACGGUGUUAACUGCACCGGUGAUGCGCAUACAUUUCUCGCUGUUCAAGCAUUCCACGUGGCUCACGGAGCGCAAAAGAAACCCUCAAGCAGAUGAAAGUGAGGCAUCCAGUGCCUUCGGCAUGGUGGCCGCGAAGCCCACCAGGAGAGCACUGUCUGCUUACGCAGACAUGAUGCAAUCAACCGAGAAUGAUGCCUGGUUGCCUCUGGCAGGGUUUUACGGCCGGGUGCUGGAUUGGCCUCAGGCCCGGUUGCGAACCACCCGGCGCACUGUAUGCACCAUCAUUGGCCAACUUUGGCGAAAGCUUGAUGAGCCCUGGCAGCGAUAUCCUUGGAAGCUGCUCGGCUUGUUGGACAGCGAAGACACGACCAGAAGAGCAUGCGCAGCACACUUGCUUGCGAGCAAGAGAUGCUGCCUGGACAAUUUCUCCGAGAAGUUGCGUGAAACUUGUCCCUCGGUGGAUCAGUUGCUAUCAGAACAAACGCUCGCGUUUCUGGAGGCGGUCUUUGACCGGGUUGUCCCCACAUCAACGUACGUCGAAAGGCACUACGCCGAAACCAUGAGCCGCCUAGUUGAUUCGUGGCGCAAGAAGCGCAUACAUGCUGGAUUGCAAGCUCGACCGAGGCGCGCUUGGUCGCUCCUUUCUGGUGAGGAGAAGAGUCGGUGGAAACAACAAGCCAAAGUGCAGAAUGCAGCCGCACGCGUCCGCCGAAAUGCAGAGCGUGCGGAUGAAGUUGAAGGGCAGCAGCAAGACUUCGCAGGGGGUCCUUGGAACAUUGGUUCCACAGAAGGCUUUCCGCUGGCCCGCCACGUUGUUGCAGACAACCAGCAUCGGCAGCAGGAGCUUGUGAAGCAGUUCAAGGAUCGGACAGAUGUGCUUCAGCCGGACAACCUGGACAGUCUGGAAGGUGCGCCUGAAACGCAGUACAGCCUGUUUGCAGCCUGUGGAAGCAAUGCCUGUUUCCAGAGUUUGUCUGAGAGGCUUCAAGCCGGGUUAGAGAACUUCCACAAACUCUUGGUCUUCACAAUCCUGAACAAGGGACCUGCUCCGCUGAGCGCGACAGCCGAACCGCUGGUCCUUGCCUUCAAAUCAGAGCAUGCCAGCACCACUGAAUAUUUUGUAGUAGCUUAUAAUACAAGGAGAUCGCCCGUGGAGGCGGCAAUGCUGCAAGUGGAAGUCGACCACAAUGAGGAUGUGCCCGAGGGCAUCUCCAAGUCGUUGAAGAUCAGCCUGUCUCCAGGCAACCUUUUUGUGUUUUUCACAAACAGGUCGCUUUGCUUGCGAUUGUUUCAGGUCGCCACGGAUUGGGACAUGUACACACUGGACAUAGGUCCUGUGCGGAAGCUGUGGCACUUCGAUGUCCGGGGUGAGGAGCGAGUUGAGCCGGACGGGGCGCAUCGAGAAAUGCGAGCCUCCGGUGAUGUUGCAGCGGCUGUGCAGGCGCUGCGUCUCAUGUCAAGGAAGCCACCCAAGAGACGCAAUCGCGACACAGAUCCGGCUCGGCCCACAAAGAAGCCUAAGACUGCCAAGCAAGGUGAGGCAGACGGUGCACUGGACAGCAAAGAGCAGCCAGAGGCCGAAGAGGCAGAUGAGGCCUCAUGCAGCAGCGUUGGCAGUUCCUGCAGCGAGCGCGAAGCCAGCGAUUGCGAAGCCGAUGUCGCUGUUUCCGUGCUUGCAUCAGCGCCUGCAGCUGGCUCUGAGCGAGCAUCGUCUUCGACAGACCCGGCACCUGGUGCGGCUCCUCGAGAACGGUCUGGUGCCCUUCAGCAGCGCGUGCCACGUGCCACAGCGUGGGGGGAUGCACCUGCAUUUCAAAUUGCACCGCUCUUUGCUGAUAACGUGCACAUCGGCUGGCGCGCGACCUGCGGCCGCCAUCACGAUGACGGCACGCGUGUGUGGCCAUGCCGGAAAACGAUCAACUUCGGGAGCGGCUCUGCCCGCAUCCCCGAUACAGAGUGCAUCUUAAGGUUGAAGCGUUGGCUCGUGGCCGGGUUAGAAGACAAGAACUGGGGGAAAUGUCCUCGCUCUGUCCAUAUUUCGCAGGGCGGCUGGCUGCUGCAGCAGUUCGAGCAAGGCCUGUCUGAGGCUGAGCUGGAUGCUCGAGUGGGCCACGCUGCAGCGUGA